CAGGACCAAUGGCAAAACAUCAUCUUCUGUCCACUCUUCCAUUUCUCAUUCAUCGUUUGUAUCCUGCACCAAGACAACAGGGUGACAACUAAGAGGGAUCCUUUCCAGUCUUCGACGGAUACAUGUGGCUCAUCAAAUUAAGUUUAGUAUCUUGGGCAGGAUCAUGGCCUGACCGCUAUCUCUUACCUGCUGCAAUGGGUCGACCUGCCUGAAUGUUUCCCACGAUGCCCUUGCGUGAUGUUCAUGGAGUCAAUCCUGUAACACAAAAAAUUAUGACCUCGCCGUCCAAGGGGAUUCUCCGCCCAUUUUUAAUCACCUGCAUUGUCCUGGGCUGUUUCAUGGCAUUUCUGCUCAUCUACAUCAAACCGACCAGCAGCUGGAUCUUCGGCCCCAUGGAAUCGGCCAGCUCUGUCUUGAAAAUGAAGAACUUCUUCUCCAAGGUGGACUGCCUCAACGAAACGACCAUACUGAUCUGGGUGUGGCCAUUCGGCCAGACUUUCGAUCUGACGUCCUGCCAGGCCAUGUUCAACAUCCAGGGCUGCCACCUGACCACGGACCGUUCGCUGUACAAUAAAUCCCACGCCGUCCUGAUCCACCACCGUGACAUCAGCUGGGACCUGGCCAACUUACCUCAGCAGGCCAGGCCGCCAUUCCAGAAGUGGAUCUGGAUGAACUUGGAAUCUCCAACUCACACGCCCCAGAAGAGUGGGAUCGAACGCCUCUUCAACCUGACGCUGACCUACCGACGAGACUCCGACAUUCAAGUGCCUUAUGGCUUCAUGACAGUUGGCACCAGCCCCUUUGUCUUCGAAGUUCCGAGCAAAGAGAAGCUCGUGUGCUGGGUGGUGAGUAAUUGGAACCCAGAGCAUGCUAGAGUCAAAUAUUACAACGAGCUAAGCAAAAACAUUGAGAUCCACACCUACGGGCAAGCUUUUGGAGAGUACGUGAAUGACAAAAGCUUGAUUCCCACCAUAUCGACUUGCAAAUUCUACCUUUCCUUCGAGAACUCGAUCCAUAAAGACUACAUCACCGAAAAGCUCUACAAUGCUUUCCUGGCUGGGUCAGUGCCCGUGGUGCUGGGUCCUUCCAGAGAAAACUAUGAGAAUUAUAUCCCGGCAGAUUCUUUCAUCCACGUGGAAGAUUACAACUCUCCCGGAGAACUGGCCAAGUAUCUCAAGGAGCUUGACAAAAAUGAUAAACUGUAUCUUAGUUACUUUAACUGGCGGAAGGACUUCACAGUCAACCUCCCACGAUUCUGGGAGUCCCACGCCUGCUUCGCGUGUGACCAUGUGAAAAGACACCAAGAAUACAAGUCCGUGGGCAACCUAGAGAAAUGGUUUUGGAACUAAACGGCCCUGCCUCUUGCACAAUUUACAGAAGGUUUUGACAGAAUCAAUGUCCCAAGCUGGGAUAAGAGAGGGAAGCAAUCUUCUGUGUUUUAUGCCACAGUUCAUCCAACUCAUCCUCUCGGGGAGACCUUAUUUAUAUUUUGUCCGAGAUGUUAAGUGUUCAACAGCAGCGAUCAUCGGCACUCAGUUUAAAUUAUGCUGUAGAUAGCUAUGUGCACUGAAAAAAAAUAAUUUAUUGUUUACUCUCAUUUUUAGGCAACCAUUUUUUCAUGUUUUGGAAUAGCCUGUCUGUCUCUGAAUCCUAAACUGGUGAUGUGAUGGUUGUGUUUCUUCACUGACUGGCUGUUUGGUCGGCUGUAAAGAUGAAGACCCAGAGCUUAAAAUAUAAUGAAGGGUUUUAAUUGGGUUCUUUCCUCUUCUAUUCAUAAUUGGCAUUGAAGCGAUGAAGAAGAAAAUGCCACGGCUGAAUUCUAGCCUCUCGACGCUCAAGCUGAAUAGAGUGCAGACUUGUCGAGAAUUGUUCUUAUUUUACCUAUUUUAAAUGACUGUGAAAACAGAAUUAUUAAAUGUAGAGAACAGGAAGACAAUGGAGCAAAACAGAGGGGUAGGGUUCUGUGGAAAAAGCUAUUAGUCUUUCCAUUUGUUUCCAUUAAGAUAACGUAUAAGAUCAUUAACAAUGCCACUGCUGGAUCAGAACAGUGGUCCAACUAGUCAAGUCUUCAACAGAGGCACAACAAAUGCUUGGAAGAACAAUAUAAUAGAUUGCCCUACCUGAUAUCCACCCUAUUGGCUAGGGCUCUGACACCGAACAACCGGGAAGCGUAUAACAUGAUUCUCCUCAUUUUCAGAUCAAAUAAAAGUAUUGGGCAACAUCUGUUUCACCCACAAUUUUUUUUGUAAUCUGAAUUGUUAUACAUAUGACAUUUGAACCAGAUAUAAGCCAGAAUUCACCCUGAAAAGUUAUUUUUUCUAAAGCAUUGUUCUUACAAAAGGAAGUAGUAAAGAAAAAGCAGCAUCUGUCCUAAUUCUGGAUGCUACUUGAACUAUAAUGAAUUGACUAGGAAUACAUUCAAAGCACUAUUUUCUAUGGUUGCAAAUAUCCAAUUGUCAUUAUGAUUUUGAAUAUGUGCAUGAAAAUAGGUGCCCGAUUUAUAGAUUUCAGGAUGGACCUAGCCAUCUGAAGUAAAUUCCCUUCCAGGAACCAUUCAUAUUGUAUUUGUAGCUCUUAAGUACUUUUCCAAACCAGAAUGAACAUCUCAGGAUUUUGGCCAAGUGGGGAAGUAAGAUGUUUACCAGAAGAGAGAUGUCUGUGUUUGUCAAGUGACAUGUAUCAUAGUGUGUGGAAGGGAGCGAGGGAGAGAGAGAGAUACGUAGACGAGGGUGCUCACAUGCGAAUGGAUUAAAUUGUAUGAACACUAUCUACUCAUAGAUUUAUGUGCUUAUUAUGAGGACUUAGAUAACUAGUUCCUAACAGGCAAGACAGCAGAUUUUCUCAUGCGAGGUGACUAAUGUAUCCCUCUUACAAAACACGACAGUUGAAUUUUCUAGUUGGAAAUUUUGUACUGUCUUUCUCUUUUUAACUCCAACACCCUGCCAUCAUGAGAUGAUGUGGAAAGAUCAACCCAGUCAUUUACUUCUGAUCUGAAACUUGUUGUGAUCCAGGGAUCGCUCUUGGAUUCUUCCUUUUUAAAAUCUUCUAGGAGGAAAUAUUUAGAUUGGAGAUGAAAGGAUUCACGCAAUCCCUGAAAGGGGCCUUGACCACUUUUUAAAGAUUUUAUUCUUUAUAUAAAAGAAAGCAAUUGGAGUUCAAUAUUCCUCAAAUGCAUCUAAACUGAAUGUUAAUGUUAGUGGUUUUGCCAUGAUAUGCUGCAUGACUUUGGGACUCAGUUGUGAGGACACACAAGAUAAACUAUGUGAAAAUUAUUUGAGCUCUUCAGAAAACCCUGGCCAUAUUAGUAGUUUUUCUGGUUAACAGUGUUAGAAGCUUUGCUCUAACAUAAAAAAAUGCCACCAAUGCAUAAUAAAGGAUAUGAUUUUUAAACUUUUUAAAUUCAGGUUCAGAUUACAGUAAUUUUAGUAAUACAUAACAUGCAAUGACAUUCCUCUGAUGCUAUUUCUCCAGGUAAAAAAUGUGUUGAUUUGGGGGCAUUAUCUUGCUUACCAGUCUGAAAACCAUGUUAAAGGCAGCAUAUGGAUUCAGAUAUAAGGAUGAAAUGAGAAAUAUAGACUUAUGGUCUCAAUGUACUGAAGUAUGAAACUUGUAGCUUAUGUGAUCUACUGCUUGUUCAUUUCAUAUCUAUUCUAAGGCCUUAAACCAUGGAGAUUAUUCCCUGAAACUUCCAAAUCCACCCACACUAAACUCUGCCAGAGAAAGCUAGCCAAUAUGAUGAGUAUAAACUUGACAGACUGAAGGCAAAUCUUCCCCUAAGAAAGGCUAAAUGGAAGAAUGAUAAAGUCAAAAAAAUCCUGUAUUUAGAAUAAAAAAUAAAGCUAAGCCAGGAAUGUUUUAUUACCUUUCAUGAAGGUACUCAAGAGAAACUGAAAAAAAUACAACCGUAUUUCAAAGGGUAAAUAAGUGAAUGGAAAGUUUCAAGAUUUCUGCUAGGAAGUACAUUCCAUCUUGUCUCCUGUCUUCUCCUCCAUUUUGAGGAAUUGGAAGAUGCUCCAAAAAGAUGCAUGGGAAGCCCUAUGGUUUAUCCUAAUAGGAGGAACAAUUUUAAAUAAUUGUUUUUCCAACAAAAAUCAUGUCUGUUCUCCCUCAGGAGUCUUUCUCAGAUGAUAAUGGUUGAGAGGCAUUGUAUAUAUCAUGUUGUAAGGGACACCCUUUAAACGAAAAUAUCUCAGCAAGAGGAGACAAGUAGCUAUUCUAACUUUGACCUGCUGUUAAGUAUAAAAAUAUCCAGUGUUCAACAAAGUAAUGCGGUGUCAGAAAAACUGUAGAAUGGAUUACCUACAUGCUCAUAGCUGAUCCAGGGAAAUUGAGUUGAAGGAACAAACAUUUUGCACGGUCACAUACCCCGUAACCAUAAAAUAGAAAACUGUACACAGUCUUUUUAGAGUCAGUUCGCAUUCUGUUGCAGGUGAAUUAAAAGAUGGCAGUCUGGAAUCAUGGGAUUUAGUGAAUUCAAAUCAGCUCCCUGCCAUGGAAAUUGAUGUGAUUGCUAUUAGAUUAUUUUGGGGUCCUUUAGAAAUAAUAAUUAUUAUGGUAUUUAUUAUGUGUCAAACUCUGUGCUAAGUGCUGGGGUGGAUACAAAGUUGUCAGAUCACAAUCAUCUUUGCAGCCUAGAAUCUAACUGGAGGUGGAUAUUAGUGGGUGCUUCCACACUAACAGUGUUCUGCACACAGUAAACGCUCAAUAAAUACCACUGACCUAUUGUCAGAGGUGUGAGAUACUGGGAGGAGCCAUUAAGGGCAACUGCUCACUCGCUCCCACUAGGACUCAAUGUUCCAUCCUCCUUAAUCAAUGGUAAUUAAUGAGUUCUUCCUAUGUGCAGAGCACUGUACUAAGCACUUGAGAGAGACCAACAGA